AGAAAGGCUAUGAAAUGUUCCCUCACACGUCUCCCUCCCUCCCUCCUCUUUCUUCUUUUAACACUCUCUCUCUCGCCGGCGUUAACAUUUUUCCGUCUACGAAACUUCUCUUUCUCAUUCCUCGCCGUCACUUUUAAACGACAGCGUCAGUGCUUCGAUUAUCUCUCUCUUCUCGUUUUCUGUGUAUCAUGUGAUCAUCGUGUUGACUAAAGAAAGAUUAAAAGACGAUCGCUGAUACUGAUCCUGCUCUGCUCCUCCUCUGCUAGUGUUUUGUUACAAAGAUGCUUGAUCUUAAUCUCGACGCCGAGUCGACUCAGUACAGUGACUCAGUCGCAGAUCGGCAGACGUCAGACGGCUCAGGGAACCGAGUGGAUGAGUCAGGGACGUCGAAGUCGUCGGUAAUCAAUGCCGACGCAGACGAAGACUCCUCUAUCUCGACUCGAGAUUUCACUCUCAGCUUCGAUAUAUUAAAAGUCGGAGGAGACGAAAGCGCCGCUUCUAUCUCCGGCGUUACCAAGAAGUUAUUCCCCGUGGCUGGUCACCUACGAAGCUCGAGCUCUAGAAGCUGGAUCGAUCUCUCUUUCGACACGGUGGCUCCGGCUCCGGCGCCGGCUCAGGUGAGAAAGAGCCGGAGAGGACCAAGGUCAAGAAGCUCGCAGUACAGAGGAGUCACCUUCUAUAGAAGAACUGGUAGAUGGGAAUCUCACAUUUGGGAUUGUGGGAAACAAGUUUAUUUAGGUGGUUUUGACACUGCUCAUGCCGCUGCUAGAGCUUAUGAUCGAGCUGCUAUCAAAUUUAGAGGCGUUGAUGCUGAUAUCAACUUUACUGUUGGUGAUUAUGAGGAAGAUAUGAAACAGGUAGAGAACCUGAGUAAGGAAGAGUUUGUGCACAUACUCCGUCGUCAGAGCACUGGUUUCUCGAGGGGAAGCUCAAAGUAUAGAGGGAUUACAUUACACAAUUGUGGCAGAUGGGAAGCUAGGAUGGGGCAGCAGCUUCUUGCUAAAAAGGCUUGCGACAAGGCUGCGAUAAGCUCUAAUGGUAGUAAGGAAGCAGUCACAAACUUUGAGCUUAGUUCAUACCCGAAUGACAUUAACUCUGAGAGUGGUCAUGACAAACUUGAUCUAAACUUGGGAAUCUCUCUUUCCCCCGGAUAUGUGUCAAAGCAAAACGGGAGGAUCUCUUAUUCCCCUUCUAAUCCGUAUGUAACUCAAACUGGAGUUAGCUUGACGAUAGAUACCGAGUUCAUGGGAAAGCCGGUGAAUACACCUCUUCCUUAUGGUUCAUCGGACCAUCGUGCUUACUUUGAGGAGAAUAGAAGUGAAGCUGAAGGAGGGAUGAUGAGUAACUGGGGAUGGCAGAGACCUGGCCAAACCAGCACCAUGAGACCGCAACAACCACCACAGUUGUUCUCAGUUGCAGCAGCAGCAUCAUCAGGAUUCUCUAAUUCCCGCCAACAACCUCACAGUGAAAAUGCCUCUCAGGGUUAUUUUUAUCCACAAUUUUAACUAUACAGAAGGAGGCUUACAAUAAAAGUUGUGUUUCUAUAUGAAUUCUUUAUAAAUGGAUCCAUAUGCUUUCUUUAUCUUUAUCUUUAAUGUGGGAAAAGAAUGUUAUGCGCUGUAAAUAUAUAAGGCACGAGGAUUGAAUUUUUGUCGUUAUGUGAAACUUUUUGGAACC